AUGAUUUGAAAAUCUGUCAUCAGAGGGGCAUGUGUUUAUUUAUUGGGCUUUACGGUGGUUUGAUGGAUGACAACUUCGUUGGGCUUCACUGUUUAUUUCUAUAUCGCCUGGUUUUGCAGUCCUCAACGCAAAAAUUAACAUGAUGCAGACAGAUGUCCAGUUCUUCUGCAGUCAGUGUUAACCAUACUUCAUGACAAGUGAUACAGUUACUAGUACUGCAUUUUGUCUUAGAUGCUUCCAUAUGAUGAUAUGACUGAUAGACCCUUAAAAUGUCCAAUGAAGGGCCAGAAAUGGAGCUGCAAGAGAUACUGUUGUAUAGUUCCAGGCAUGGUGAUUCUGUAAUGGUACAGGAGCUUCUUGUAGCGCGCAAAGAUGGAAAGAUUAGAUUGGACAUAAGCUGCAAGGGGAAGAGCAAAAGUAAUUUAGGCUGGACACCUUUACACCUUUCUACAUACUUUGGCCAUAAAGAUGUGGUUGAACUUCUCUUGACCCAUGGUGCGGAUAUCAAUGCUGUUAAUGAUGUUGGAGAUACGGCAUUGCACAAAGCAGCAUUCACUGGCAGAGAGGACAUUGUUGUUCUCCUGUUACAAAACAAUGCAAAAGUUGAUGUAAUAAAUGGAGAAGGCCAAACACCAAGAGACUUGGCCAAAAAUGAAGAUGUUGCAAAACUGCUUUGGGCUGCAGAAAAAACAGACAUGCGCCACAAAGAGGAAAGGCUCCUUGCAGCAGCGAGAGAAGGGGACCUAGACACUUUGAACAUUUUGUUGAAAGAUGAGAGGCCACCAAGUAUAAAUUGUGUAGAUGCACAAGGAAAUUCUUGUCUUCAUUGUGCGGCAUAUAGAGGGCACAAGGAGGCAGCAGUACUUUUAUUACAGAAUGGCAUUGACACCACAAUUCAGAAUACUCGAGGACAAACUGCUGUUAAUUUAGCAAGGGAUCCACAUAUGCAACAAGUUCUGUGUGUCCGACCAGUACGUCAACUUCAAAAGUCUGCUGCCCGUUUUGAAGGACAACUUCUUAAACGAUCACGAUUUCUUGGUUGGAAGCCAAUGUGGGCUGUGCUGGAACGUGGGGUUCUUACAUAUUUCAAUAGCAGAGCUGAUGCUUCCACAGGAUUUAAGAGAAAGGACUUUAAGUAUCUUGAUGGUGCAAACAUUUUACCACUUGACUGUGAUAAUUCAUCAUUUGUAGUGCAUUUUUCUGAUGGAGCAGUCCAUCGACUUAGUGUUGUAAAUUAUGGAGAAACUACAGGACAGAUAAGCAGACAGAAAUGGAUCAAUGCAUUUUCAGAACAUGCAGAAUUCAGCACGCACUACUUAAGUCAAGGUCAUAUUAAACAUGACAGUGAUGAAGAGGAUGACAACAUUAAACCGCUUGGGUCCAUGCAGGAUGCUCUGCAGACUGCUGCUGCCCAUCAUCAGGUAUUAGAAAAACAACUUAGAGACAGCACAGCUGUAGUUGAAGUCUUGAGUAAUAAUAGUCUUGCAUCUGACACAAUUACAGGAGCUGCUAUAAGAAGAUUCCAGGCUUUGUCUGACACUGCUGGUGACAUGCUCUCUUCCCUUGGGCAUUGUCUCUCUCUGUUUCAGCAACAGGAGGAGGUAAGAAUACUGCAGUUGAAACAAGAACAGGAGAAGUGCCGAGUUCUAGAAGAAGCCCUUAAUGUGCUGGCAAAAGAGCAUCAUGAGCUGGAGCAAUCAAUGGCAUCACAUCUGUCAAACCCUUCACUCCAUAACAUGGUGGAUGGUCCAACUCCAAGGAGAAGUCCACGUUUUUAUGACACGUCUGAUGAUGAGUUUUAUGAUGCAUUUGAAGCAGAUUCAGAUAGUGAUACUAUCGUGACGGCAGCAUCACCUACCUCUGAUAGUGACACGCUUGUGAGCUUUCCUUCACCUGCUUCCUCCUGUGCCACUUUGGUUUCGGCAGGGGGGCAUGCUUACCAUUGUGCUAGAGAUCUUCCAUAUGACACUGUGGAGAAGAAAACUGUUAGUAGACAAUGUUUGCCUGUCCCAAUGUUCAGUCGAAAUGAUUUUUCAUUGUGGUCUGUGCUGAAGAACUGCAUUGGAAAAGAACUAAGCAAGAUAACAAUGCCAGUGAUUUUUAACGAGCCUCUCAGCUUUUUGCAGCGGAUGGUUGAGUAUAUGGAAUAUGCUCACCUCCUACAACGGGCAUCUGAGGCAACUGAUCCAGUUUCUCGUAUGCAGUAUGUGGCAGCGUUUGCUGUAAGUGCACUUGCAUCUAAUUGGGAACGUCUGGGCAAACCAUUCAAUCCACUGCUUGGUGAAACAUACGAGUUGGAGAGAGAUGGAUACAGAGUGAUCUGUGAGCAAGUUAGCCACCAUCCUCCAGUCUCUGCCUUUCAUGCAGAUUCUAAGGAUUUCAUUUUUCAUGGGUCCAUACAUCCUAAACUAAAAUUCUGGGGAAAAAGUGUUGAAAUCCAGCCGAAAGGUGUUGUUACUGUAGAAUUGCCUAGGUGGGGUGAGGCAUAUACAUGGACCAAUGUGAACUGCUGUGUCCACAACAUUAUUGUUGGAAAACUUUGGAUGGAACAGUAUGGAACGAUGGAAGUUGUAAAUCAUUCAACUGGUCAUCGUGCAAUUUUAACUUUCAAGCCAGCAGGGUGGUUAUCCAAAGAUCUCCACAGAGUGGAGGGCUUUAUCAUGGACAAAAACAAGAAGAAAAUAAACUUCCUUUAUGGAAAGUGGACGGAAUUCAUUCGCUGUACAGAUAUAAGCUCCUAUGAUGAUUAUAUGAAAGAAAAUGCUCACAAAUUCAGAAGAGAUGGCGAUAAAGGAAAGGGAUCUACACCUACAGAUAGCCCAUCAAAUACUCCAAAAAAAGUUUUAGCUAAGCUCAACAGUUUAAAAGUUGGGCCAUUUAAAAGCAACUCACAGUCUGAGGCAAGCUUUAGUGCUGAUGAUGGAUGUCCAAUACCUGAACCAGUGGAUGGAGAUAUUCCAAAAUGUGAUUCCACCUACUCCAUUGAUAUUCCUAAUUCAGUAACCAUGUGGGAGGCUGACCCACGACCAGAAAAUGCAGCAGAUUACUACCAGUUCACUUUGUUUGCCAUGUCCUUGAAUGAAAUGGAAGAAGGAAUGAGGGAGAAACUGUGUCCCACUGACUGCAGAUUACGACCAGAUAUACGGAAACUUGAAGAAGGAGAUAUAGAUGGUGCUGCAGCAGAAAAAACUAGACUGGAAGAAAAGCAGAGAGAUGCCAGAAAAGCUAGAAAAGGAAAGAAAGCUGUUGACUGGGCACCAAGAUGGUUCACUCAAGGAACAAAUCCAUAUACCAAACAAGAAGACUGGUUGUAUAGUGGAGGAUACUGGGAUCGUAAUUUUACUCAUAUUCCAGAUAUUUUUUAAACAGUACAGAAUACCAUAAGCAUGGUUCCUGAUGGACGUCACAAUGAAAAUUAAAAAAAAAAAAAAAAUUACACCUGAGAGUUAACAGACUACUCAUAAUUUGUGAGUGUGCCUAAUGAAUGAAAGAGGUGGGACCAUUAAUGUAGUAGUCUUCCAGGUAUACUCUCUGCCUGGUAACUGGUGUGUUCCAUUCAAAUUGCUCCCGAAUAUUUGUGUGUGGUGAUGGUGAAGACAAAAUGAUUAUGAGUUGACAUUGUAAAUUAUUGUGAACUGUCAUAAAAAUCUAUGUUCUGUUGACUUAUAGCAUAUAUGUGUCUCAUAGUAGGCAGCUGUUAAUAUGGAAUGCAGUUUGUACUGUAUUAUUAAUCAGUAAUGUGUAACACAAAAUGAAUAUGAAAAUUUGAUUGUGAUAUUACUACAUCUUAUGUUCACUGGUAUGACAGUGAUAGUGCUCAGUUGCAGGCCAUUUAUUUUGCGUGACAUGAUUUUGGUAGCUGCAUUCUUCAUCAUUUGUGAUGAUCCCUCUUCCUCAGGCAGAUUGUAUUGUGACAUAAUUUCACUCUUUUAAUAUCUUCAGUUAUUCAGUUGGUGUAAGGUUUCCUUCAGAUAGCUGUGAUGCUGAAGUAUGUAAUAUUCUGAAUUUGUUACAGUUUUGACAUAAUGUUAUAUUAGAACAUUACAAAUGGUGACAUGUUAAUUGUUUAGAUUGAUAAGGUUGUGUGAAAAAAGGUACCACUAUUAUUUGUAAUCAGAUGGAGGGUAACCAAUCAAUAAUUUGUACUUAUAUAUGCUUUAUUUCAAUGUCAUUUACAAGAAUUAGUGUAAAAACAGAACAUUUGUUUUCUAUGUAGGAUGUGUUGUAUGUAUGUGAUGUUUUAAAUAUGUUUACUUUCCUGUACAUGGAAAUAUCUUAUUCUUAAGAAGAAGAAAAUUCUGAAUGUGGGUUGAUAGAUCAGUUCAUUAUUCUUACAUGUUUGUUAAUACUCACUGUUGUAGACAACCUCUGUAACGCAGUUUGAUUUCUGUUGAUGUAUAUUCAUUAAAUUCUUCACUGUCAGCUCUAAAGCAUUAUAUUUACUUGAUAACUGUCUGUAAAUGUGUGUCAUAAAAAAAUAAUAUAGUAGGUUUGAGUAAUAGAAAUCAGUGGUUGUAAAUUAGAUAUACUGGUAAAUAUGGUUGUGUGUGGUGCUAAUACCACUUUUGGCACUGGCUUUGUCCAGUCGUAGUAUCAACUGUGUGGCAUGUGGCAUAGUCUUGCAGCUACAUAAACACAAUACACACUAACUGUAAAUACAUGUACAAAAGCUCAGCAGUGUCAUUAGUAAUAUCAGCCAUUAUUGUAGUAAGAUAUGAGAACAUUAUUCUUGUUCAAACAAGACUCAAAAGAUAUGCAGUUUUAGUACAGUUAGUUCAUGUUGCAUUUGUAAAUGUGCAGGUAGUCACAUUAAUCUGACACUGAUGUUUAACUAGUCCAUUAAAUUUACAACUGGCCUAUUGUGACUGUGUAUCAGAACAAUCUUAGCGGAACAUUUGUAUCAUUAGUAUGCGUUACUAUUUGUCAACUGAAUUUUAUUUUGUACACGCAGUGCAACACAUUUUGCUUUAAGUUAAAGAAAUGUAUUAAGUAACUUUCCAAUUUAUAGCUGUUGUGCAACAGAAGAUUGAAAUGCUUUUGCUGUGAAGUUAAGUCUAGCACACUACUGUAUUGUGGUAGUGUAGUACUUAGUACAGUGCAUAUAAAAUGUGUGUAAUUUGAAGAUGGUUACCCAUAGGUUGCUAAACUGGUACAAACAGAUACCGUCUUAGUGUCGUUACAAACUGACUAGCAUUAUAUGCACACAAAACUGUUACAAAUCUGUCAAUUUGUGUGUAUUACUAUAUUGUUGCAUUAAUUGACAGUACAAAGUUACAGAUCAUAGUUACUGAUACUCAAGAGUAAGUUUUUGUGCACUAGCUGGAACAAUUAGAAUAAGGAAAUAUGCAGCUAUUUUAUACUGUGUUACAAGCCAUAUAACUAAUUAUUUUCAUAAACUACUGCCAUUGUUUCGAGCAGAAUAGAAGCAACACGGGGUAUAAAGUGAUUAAGUAAGUAACUUAGCUAAAUACUAACUCUAUUUUUCAUCCCAUCUCUUUUCAAAGUAAUUUACCAUUUAAUAAAAUAUUAUACUAAUAGAGAUCAGAGUCUCUAAAUGCACACCGUCACACCCACUCUCGAAUUUCCUGUGCCUGUAUCCUUCGUCUGCAAACUCAUCUCCCCCUUCCAUGCACACACCUCUUUCUUUGUUAGUCUUUGAUACUUGACAAAUUCUAAUUGCUGGGGGCCAUACCUUUGUCAUUUUCAGUUUUUGUUCUCCUCUUCUUGAGCCUUAUGAGCAGGUAUCUGAUUUGGGAGAAGCACUUUUUGUAUUUUUUUGUGUCAUUUCUUUACAGACUUCAUCACAUGGAUGUUUGGGGCUUGAAUAAUGCAUCUGUUGGCAAAAUUCAACUUGUUUGAUAUCUAUGGAACAAGCAGUUAACUAAUUAAUCAUAUGCUGACAUGGUGCUGAUAACAACUCAGGCAGUAUUCCCAAGUUGUAUGCAGGUUGCUGUAGUAUCUGAUCAUAAUUCAAUGAUUCAGUUAGUAACAUUUAUUUUCUUGUGCCACACUUUAUAUGCAGGUGUUGAUUUAGGGACCCUUUGAGAAAUAACAUUUAAGUCUCAGUGCACAAUGAACUUUCAAAGUAUAGGGAAAUGUUGACUUCAGGAAAGUCAUUAGUAUUAACUCACUUCCUGUAUUAUUUCUUUUAAUGAUAAUUCCACUAAUUAUGUAGUUCUUCUGAUUAAAUAUUAAGUUUCUUUUAUUAUCCAAGUUAAAUUGCUGCUCAGACUUCCACAUAAUGUGUAUAGGUGGUUCCUCACCUUCCUUCCAAGAAUCUCUCUAAAACAAAAACUUGAAUUCUGAUCUUAAUGUGUCACUUACACAAUACCCAUAAAUGUGCUAUUUGGUUGACACACACACACACACACACACACACACACACACACACACACACACACACACACACACACACAGAGAGAGAGAGAGAGAGAGAGAGAGAGUGAGAGUGUGUGAAUAUAAAAUAAAGCAAUGCGUUAAAUUAUUCAAAAGAAUUCUCCUAUGUAACUUAUUGUUUAACACAACUAAUAUCAAAAUAAGAGUAGUAUUUUCGUAAGCUUUUUUUGCAGGUACAUUGAAGAUCAGUUUUUUACAUAAAUUUUAGACUGCAUUUAUAAUUAAUAAAUAGUUUUAUUGCAACAAAUACUUCUGUCUGUGCACUUUGUUGAGAAUCAGAGUGAAAUAUUGGCCAUUGAGAUUUCUAAGAAUUGGCAAUACUUUCUUUUUAUAAAGAUUCAUGUUGUAGGUGCAGUCUCUCUGCAAUCAUGUAAUUAUUUUUAAUAAGGACUGUUUUCACUAGCAAGUUAUUUCUGUCUG